AUGGCUCCCCGCAAACCUCGGUGCAACUUCAAGGAAUGCAAGGAAGCCGCCCAACGCAUCGUCGGGGACUGCAGCUUUUGCAGUGGCCACUACUGCUCCAAGCAUCGCAUGCUCGAGGCUCACUCCUGCACCGGCCUAGAGGACUGCAAGAAGGAAUCACACGCCCGGAAUGCCGAUAAGCUGAACAGCGAGCGCACUCAGGUCAUCAAGGGUGUAUAA